UCUUCCAAAUAUAAAGUCAGGAUGUUGAAGUUGAUCUUUCUGUCUGCUCUGGUAGCAACUGUUACUCCAGCUACCUUCCCUGGUGCUCUUCGCCAAUAUUCAACUAAGCCACCAGUAUUCCCAGCACCAUUAUCAAGGUACAGUCCACUACCUUCACCUACGUACAGCCCCCAACCAUAUGGAAAAUUCAUCGCCAUUCUUCGGUCAGAAAGUGAUAUUGCCCCUGAUGGCAGCCAGUAUCAUUAUGCCUAUGAUACCGAAAAUGGGAUAUCCACCCAAGAAUCUGGAAACUUAGUGGUGGCUGGUUCAGGUUCCGCUAUUGCAGCUGCAGGAUCUUACCAGUACACAUCCCCCGAAGGAGUACCUGUACAAGUUUCUUACCUUGCUGAUACAAAUGGAUUCCAACCUUCUGGAAACGUAUUACCAACCUCUCCACCUAUCCCUCCAGCAAUACAGAGAUCGCUCGACUAUAUCGCGGUUCAUCCCUCAUCCCCUUCUGUUGGCACCCCAUUUGUCAGAAAAUAUUAUAAGUAGAAUGUUCCAAAAGUUAUGUUAAGUUAAUUACUUAGAAAUAUAUAUGGUUGACUCAGA